GCCAGGCAAAGCGGAGCCGGCCGUGCGGUGUGUGUGUAUGUGUUCGCGGGGCGCCGUCUCAGCCCCGGGAAGAUGGUGGUGGCGGCGGCGGCGGCCACUCAGGCAAGGCUGAGGAAGAGGACGGCGGCGACGACAACGCCUGCCGACAGGAACGGCGGACAGCGCCGGCACUGGGACGCGACCGGGGCUGGGAGGCCGGGGCUGGGGGCCGGGCUGCGCCUCUCGCGGCGGCGGUUGCUGCCGCUGCUGCUGCUGCUUGCGCCGCCGCUGCUGCUGCCCUGGGCGGCCGAGGCCGCGGCGGCGGCGGCGGCGGUGUCGGGCUCAGCCGUAGCCGAGGCCAAGGAAUGUGACCGACCCUGUGUCAACGGCGGCCGCUGCAACCCUGGCACCGGCCAGUGCGUCUGCCCCGCUGGCUGGGUGGGCGAGCAAUGCCAGCACUGCGGGGGCCGCUUCAGACUAACUGGAUCUUCUGGGUUUGUAACAGAUGGACCUGGAAAUUAUAAAUAUAAAACGAAGUGCACGUGGCUCAUUGAAGGACAGCCAAAUAGAAUAAUGAGACUUCGUUUCACUCAUUUUGCUACGGAGUGUAGUUGGGACCAUUUAUAUGUUUAUGAUGGAGACUCAAUUUAUGCCCCACUAGUUGCUGCCUUUAGUGGUCUCAUCGUUCCCGAGAGAGAUGGCAACGAGACUGUCCCCGAGGUCGUUGCCACAUCAGGUUAUGCCCUGCUGCAUUUUUUUAGUGAUGCUGCUUAUAAUUUGACUGGAUUUAAUAUCACUUACAAUUUUGACAUGUGUCCGAACAACUGCUCAGGCCGAGGAGAAUGUAAGAGCAAUAAUAGCAGCAACACUGUCCAGUGUGAGUGUUUGGAAAACUGGAAAGGGGACGCAUGCGACAUUCCUCACUGUGUCCAUGACUGUGGUUUUCCUGAUCGAGGUAUUUGCAAUUCGAGUGAUGUCAGAGGAUGCUCCUGCUUCCCCGAGUGGCAGGGUCCCGGAUGUUCAAUUCCUGUACCAGCUAACCAGUCAUUUUGGACUCGAGAGGAAUAUUCAAACCUAAAGCUCCCCAGAGCCUCUCACAAAGUUGUGGUCAAUGGAAAUAUAAUGUGGGUUGUUGGAGGAUAUAUGUUCAACCACUCAGAUUACAACAUGGUUCUGGCGUAUGACCUUGCUUCUAGGGAGUGGCUUACCCUAAACCGUUCCGUGAACAGUGUGGUUGUCAGAUACGGCCAUUCUUUAGCAUUAUACAAGGAUAAAAUUUACAUGUAUGGAGGAAAAAUUGAUUCAACAGGGAAUGUGACCAAUGAGUUGAGAGUGUUCCAUAUUCAUAAUGAGUCAUGGGUAUUGUUGACCCCUAAAGCCAAGGAGCAGUAUGCAGUGGUCGGGCACUCGGCGCACAUUGUCACAUUGAAAACUGGCCGAGUGGUCAUGCUGGUCAUCUUUGGUCAUUGCCCUCUCUAUGGAUAUAUAAGCAAUGUACAGGAAUAUGACUUGGCUAAGAACACAUGGAGUAUAUUACAAACCAAUGGUGCCCUUGUCCAAGGGGGCUAUGGUCAUAGCAGUGUCUAUGACCACAGGACCAAGGCCCUGUAUGUUCAUGGGGGCUACAAGGCUUUCAGCGCCAAUAAAUACCGGCUCGCAGAUGAUCUCUACAGAUACGAUGUGGACACCCAGAUGUGGACCAUUCUUAAGGACAGCCGAUUUUUCCGUUACUUACACACAGCUGUGAUAGUGAGUGGAACCAUGCUGGUGUUUGGAGGAAACACACACAACGACACAUCCAUGAGCCAUGGUGCCAAAUGCUUCUCUUCGGAUUUUAUGGCUUAUGACAUUGCUUGUGACCGCUGGUCAGUGCUUCCCAGACCUGAUCUCCACCAUGAUGUCAACAGAUUUGGCCAUUCAGCAGUCUUACACAACAGCACCAUGUAUGUAUUUGGUGGUUUCAAUAGUCUCCUUCUCAGUGACAUCCUCGUAUUCACCUCAGAACGGUGUGGAGCACACCGGAGCGAAGCUGCUUGCCUGGCAGCAGGACCUGGCAUCCGGUGUGUGUGGGAUACAGGGUCAUCUCAGUGUAUCUCCUGGGAGUUGGCAACUGAAGCACAAGAAGAAAAGUUAAAAUCAGAAUGUUUUUCCAAAAGAACUCUUGACCACGACAGAUGUGACCAGCACACGGAUUGUUACAGCUGCACAGCCAACACCAAUGACUGUCACUGGUGCAGUGACCAUUGUGUCCCCGUGAACCACAGCUGCACGGAAGCCCAGAUCUCCAUUUCCAGAUAUGAGAAUUGUCCCAAGGAUAACCCCAUGUACUACUGUAACAAGAAGACCAGCUGCAGGAGCUGUGCCCUGGACCAGAACUGCCAGUGGGAGCCCCGCAAUCAGGAGUGCAUUGCCCUGCCCGAAAAUAUCUGUGGCAUUGGCUGGCAUUUGGUCGGAAACUCCUGUUUGAAAAUUACUACUGCCAAGGAGAAUUAUGACAAUGCUAAAUUGUCCUGUAGGAACCACAAUGCCUUUUUGGCUUCUCUUACAACCCAGAAGAAGGUAGAAUUUGUCCUUAAGCAGCUGCGAAUAAUGCAGUCAUCACAGAGCAUGUCCAAGCUCACCUUAACCCCAUGGGUUGGCCUUCGGAAGAUCAAUGUGUCUUACUGGUGCUGGGAAGAUAUGUCCCCAUUCACAAAUACUUUGCUCCAGUGGAUGCCGUCUGAGCCCAGUGAUGCUGGAUUCUGUGGAAUCUUGUCAGAACCCAGUACUCGGGGCUUGAAGGCUGCAACCUGCAUCAACCCACUCAAUGGCAGUGUCUGUGAAAGGCCUGCGAACCACAGUGCGAAGCAGUGCCGGACGCCGUGUGCCCUGCGGACGGCGUGUGGAGAGUGUACCAGCGGCAGCUCUGAGUGCAUGUGGUGCAGCAACAUGAAGCAGUGCGUGGAUUCCAAUGCCUAUGUGGCCUCCUUCCCUUUUGGCCAGUGUAUGGAGUGGUACACCAUGAGCAGCUGCCCCCCUGAAAAUUGUUCAGGCUAUUGUACCUGCAGUCAUUGCUUGGAGCAGCCAGGCUGCGGCUGGUGCACUGAUCCCAGCAACACGGGCAAAGGCAAAUGCAUAGAGGGCUCCUAUAAAGGACCAGUGAAGAUGCCUUCUCAGGCCCCUGUGGGGAAUUCCUACCCACAGCCCCUUCUCAAUGCCAGCAUGUGCCUGGAGGACAGCAGAUACAACUGGUCUUUCAUUCAUUGUCCAGCAUGCCAGUGCAAUGGCCACAGCAAGUGCAUUAAUCAGAGUAUCUGUGAGAAAUGUGAGAACCUGACCACAGGCAAGCACUGCGAGACCUGCAUAUCUGGCUUCUAUGGUGAUCCCACCAACGGGGGGAGAUGUCAGCCAUGCAAGUGCAAUGGGCACGCAUCGCUCUGUAACACCAACACGGGCAAGUGCUUCUGCACCACCAAGGGCGUCAAGGGAGAUGAGUGCCAGCUAUGCGAGGUAGAAAAUCGAUACCAGGGAAACCCUCUCAAAGGAACAUGUUAUUAUACUCUUCUCAUUGACUAUCAGUUCACCUUCAGCCUAUCCCAGGAAGAUGACCGCUAUUACACAGCCAUCAAUUUUGUGGCUACGCCUGAUGAACAAAACAGGGAUUUGGACAUGUUCAUCAAUGCCUCCAAAAACUUCAACCUCAACAUCACCUGGGCCGCCAGCUUCUCAGCUGGAACCCAGGCUGGAGAAGAGAUGCCUGUUGUUUCAAAAACCAACAUUAAGGAGUACAAAGAUAGCUUCUCUAAUGAGAAGUUCGAUUUUCGCAACCACCCAAAUAUCACUUUCUUCGUUUAUGUCAGUAAUUUUACCUGGCCCAUCAAAAUUCAGAUCGCCUUCUCCCAGCACAGCAAUUUUAUGGACCUGGUACAGUUCUUCGUGACUUUCUUCAGUUGUUUCCUCUCUUUGCUCCUGGUGGCUGCUGUGGUUUGGAAGAUCAAACAAAGUUGUUGGGCCUCCAGACGUAGAGAGCAACUUCUUCGAGAGAUGCAGCAGAUGGCCAGUCGUCCCUUUGCCUCCGUAAACGUUGCCUUGGAAACAGAUGAAGAGCCUCCUGAUCUUAUUGGGGGAAGUAUAAAGACUGUUCCCAAACCCAUUGCCCUGGAGCCGUGUUUUGGCAACAGAGCUGCUGUCCUCUCUGUGUUUGUGAGGCUCCCUCGAGGGCUCGGUGGAAUCCCUCCUCCUGGGCAGUCAGGUCUCGCGGUGGCCAGCGCCCUGGUGGACAUUUCUCAGCAGAUGCCAAUAGUGUACAAAGAGAAGUCAGGAGCCGUGAGAAACCGGAAGCAGCAGCCCCCCGCGCAGCCUGGGACCUGCAUCUGAGGCCAGGCCGGGGACUCUCCCCCAUAGCAAACAGCUUCCUCGGGGCUCAGGCCAGAGGAAGGGAGGGGCAAGAGAAAAAGGCACUCAGCUUAGCAGCCAGUUACCAAGAGGGAAUCAUCUGGAACUUCGGAGAAAUGCCUGCGUGUCACAGGAGAGCCUGUAUAUAAGUUAAACUAGUCAUGAAAACAUUGAUGUUGCACUUGUAUAUAAUUAUACAAUAGUGUCCAGAAUGUUCAGACAUUCAGAGUGUACAUAAAACAAAACUAUGUUGAUGUAUUUUUCUUAAAUGUCACCGUGUCUGAGUUUUACCUAAUAUGUUUUUGUGCCACAUACUGGAUAUCCAAGUCUGAAGAAGUCCUCUCAUUGGGCCCUGAUACAUUGAUAACAAAACCAAAAAAAGGGGGGUGCAUCCCCAUCAUGCCAAUGUGUCCAGAUGCAUCUGGUCCAAAUUGGUUGAUUCUAAAACAGAAAUCGUCUGCCGGGACACAGAGGAGAACUCAGGCAUUGAGCCCAUUUAAACAGCAUUGUGUGAGGAGCCUCGAAGGCAGUGGGCAUGUCGCUGUCACUUGCCGGUUCUGCAAGGGGGUCAUGAAUCUUGCUGUUAGCCUCUUGCUACUGUGCCUGGCCACGGAUGACCAGUCUUGUCCUGAGAAGCGUUUCUCUUAGUCUCUCAGUUCAAAGACUCCAUGAGAUUUUCCAGAAAGGGGUUUUCCAGGCUGCCUUUUGUUCCAUUUGGUCUACAAUUUUAAUGACCAUUUCCUGGGACUGUAGUUUCCUGUACUGAAAACCGGGGGUGGGAGUAGGGUGGCCAGUUCACUGACCGAUAGCUCCCGUUCCUUCCUGCGGAUCCGCGCACAGCCUGGCCUCCUGUCCAUGCCCCACUCCUCGUCUUACGGCGCUCCCUGUGAGAUCAGCUCGAAGAGAUGGGAGGAGGUGUGGAGAGAAGGCAAGCCACACUCCCCCCGCAGCCCCCGAGCUGCCCUGGAGGAAAAGCAGCCCUGGGCAGGAAAACAGCAGAACAUCUGUGGGUGAGGCCUGAAGCACCCGAUGGGAGACGCACCAACCGGGAAGCCUGGGGCGGACGUGGACGCGUGAGAAGACCAGAGCCCUCUCGGUAGAAAGAAGACGUGGGACCUUUUCAGUGCAACUCACUCCGUCAGUUCAACGGAGUGUAUCUGGGGGAGGGGGUGGGGACUCACUUCCUCCGGUGCUGGUGUCAUUUUUGAGAACACCUUUGAUCCUUUAGUCUCUUUCAUCCAUCCACACCCUCAGUGAAUACUCCCUAGCACUUACUAACAACCUGAGCUAAUGCUAGGGCAGUGACCAAGACGGAAAGAAGCUCUUUGGAAGUACAGCAAAGCCCAGCUCACGCCCCUCAUCCCAGGAGACCUCUCCUCAUGGCAGUUUCUGUGAGAAUUGGCCGCCCUGACGACAGACCCAGGAAGGCAGAGGGUCUGUCCUGGGGCCGAGCACCAGUUCUCAGUCUGAAACGUGUGCCCAGUUUACCAAGCUCGGCUCCAACCAUAAAAAUCACCAUGAUGGCAGGCCCUCCAAGAAACGUUUGCCUGGAAUCGUUCCAACUCCUGAACACCCUUACCUGCAGGGAGAUGAUCUGGAGUGGAGAGGGGAACUGGCGCCUUCUCUUUCAAAGGCAAUAAUGGAAUUGACUUUCAGUAACUGAAAUUUGUGCACAAAACAUUCUAAACACUAGUGAAGCCUGUUUCGUUGAACUAAUUCUGGCUCUGGAAAUGUUUUUGUUUUAUAGGUAUUUACGGUUUUUGUUUUUGUUUUAUUUUUGGUUUGGAUUCAAGCUUAGUUUGUUAAUAUGUAUAAUUUAGCAUCUCUUGCACUCAUGUAAAUAUGGAGUAAGUAUUGUAAACUAUUUCAUUGCUGGGGACUGUGGGUGUUAUACAUACAUUUAGGACUGCAAUUUUUUGGUAUUUUUUGUAUUGUAAAAUAACAGCUAAUUUAAGCAAGAACAAGAGAAUUAAGGGAGGUCUGUGCAUUUUAAACACAAAUGUGAAGAACUUGUAUAUAAACAAAAGUAAAUACUAUAAUACAAACUUCCUUCUGAAAUAAAAGUAGAUCUGGUAAAAA